GAUGCCUUAGCGACCAUGCUUCGAAGCUUCGUUCAUGUAACAUGAUCCUUCAAAGAGAGAUGAAUAUACAGCAUAAAAAAUGAACAACAUCUUGUUUUAGCGGUGAAAAACUGUUCACAGGAGUUUUAAUGACUACUUUCAAUUGUUGGCACCAAGUUAUUAAUUAUACGUCUUGCCUCUGACACACCUGCUUUUCAACUGCUGAUGUGCGUGAAUAAUUUAUAUAUCACCAAAGGCUACAAUCAGUUGCAUCUAUUUGCAGUUUUCGGUCAAUUUUGCACAAAAUCUACGUCUAACACAGCAAGAAAACGACAUUUAAGCAAAGUCAUGUUGGUGCAAAAUCUUCCUGCAACACAGCAAAAUCAGGAUAUAACCCAAGGUAAUCAUGCUAUAAAGCGAACAGAUAAUGGUCUGUUCUACGCAAAUUUUAAGGUUCACAAGUUUCACUAUCUGCAAUUAUCUUCACGAGCCUUUUCCCAUGAAGUACUUCAAGCCGACGAAUGCGCAUUUUCUUGUGUUUCUCAACAAACCUGUUACUCGUUGAACAUUGGGUUGUCUCCAAAUCAGAAUGGCAAAUUUUUAUGCGAACUUUUAAGUGGAGACAUGUAUAGAAGCCCAAAGAAUUUGACGUCUUCGCAGCAGUUUGACCAUUACAGCAUUGAGUCGCCCUGCUCGAAUGAUCCAUGCAAAAAUAACAGAACUUGUAUCCCCAAUUACAAAGAAAAUACUUAUAGUUGUAUUUGCACCCCUGGCUAUCGGGGUCGUUAUUGCAGCAAAGUCUGUUCAGCGCCUUUGGGAAUGGAAGACUACCGAAUUACAUCUGCGCAGAUCUCGGCUUCGUCCCAGUAUGACGGGAAUCAUGCUCCAAACCAAGGGAGACUGCACUUCAAAGAAAUCUCCGGGUCGCAUGCUGGCAGUUGGGUCGCGGGCAGGAAUAACGUGAAUCAGUGGUUUCAAGUUGAUCUAACAAUUGAGACAACCGUUACAUUUCUAGCAACACAAGGACGAAAUAUGUAUGAACAGUGGGUAACCAAGUAUAAGCUGCAGUACAGUAAUAAUGGAAGCACCUUCCAGGUGUUUAAGCAAGACGGGGAGAGCUCCGACAAGGUUUUUGUUGGAAACAGUGACCGAGAUACAGUUGUGAAAAACCCUGUUAUCUCACCCAUCAAAGCUCGAUAUCUCCGGUUGAUACCCACAGAAUGGCACAACCACAUCUCCAAGAGGAUUGAAUUGUACGGCUGUUUGGAAAACAUGCGAGCUCUUGGCAUGGAAAGUGGUACCAUCACUGAUUCACAACUUACCGCUUCUUCGAUUUGGAAUGUUUACCACAGCCCUGCGCGGGCACGCCUCCAUACAAAGGACCUUGGACUUUCGAAAGGGAUUGGUGCCUGGUCAUCUUUGACGAAUGAUUUGAACCAAUGGCUACAGGUUGACCUUCGUAAAAUCACCAGUGUGACCUACAUUGCAACACAAGGGAGAAAUAGUUAUUCGAUAUCACAGUGGGUGAAGAAAUAUAAGCUACAAUUCAGCAAUGAUGGAGUAUCAUUUCUGUUUUAUCAGAGACAAGGAGAUUCCUCUGACGUGGUUUUUGAGGGCAAUAUCGACCGAGAUACCGUUGUCUAUCAUCUAUUGGAUCCACCAAUCACAGCGCGAUUCUUACGGGUAAAACCAACUGAAUGGCAAAGCCACAUUUCCAUGAGGCUGGAGUUAUAUACUUCCCCAGAAGAAACCUGACUCUCGGGCUCUGUGAUUCAACGCUUGGUGCUGCAACGAUAUUUCAAGAGGAAGCGCCGAGUCAAAUCUUCUGUAACUGUUCAUCAAGAAUUUAAUGAUCGCACGAACGCCCUCUCCUUUAAAGGCGGCUGGAUGUUCAACAACUAGCGGUACUUUUCAGAGAUUUCGAUUCAAAUAGAGGCACAGCGCUCGCUCUGCUGGCAGGUGAAUACAGCAUUUGUAGUCACUACAACAAAUCUUUCCGGGACAAUGUUCGGUUGACUGAUUUAGCAGAAAAAGUUGUCUACUCUUAAAAAGAUCAUUACAAGCGUGCUGACCUAUCCUUAAUACGGUUAUAUAUCAUUUAUUACAAAAUGACAGUAUAAAGCAAAACAUGAAAUAAAAAGCCGGUUGCGAUGAGGUCAGUACAUGUAGGAAAACAAUGAUACAAGGACUCUUUAAAUGGGUUAAUAACAGUUAAUCAAGUAGUCUUCCAAAGAAGGCCAAAUUGUAUUUAUUGACCCAUACGAAUCAGAACAUCUCUGGCGUUAAACUUACUUUAGAUAAGUCUAUACAAGCAAUGAUUGAA